AUGCGUCGAGUCGCAUCGGACCUCGCGCGGGGUUCGGAGGCGUCGCGCGCGAUCGCGCGCGCGUGUAGGCGCUCGAGCGACGUCGACGCGAAACGUCGCGCGCUCGACGUCACCGCGCGCGCGUUCGCGCGCGUCGCGAGCGGCGCGACGGCGUCGAGCUCGCGCGCGUCGAGCGAUGGCGUCGAUCGGUGGGGGUCGGGGGGACUGGCGCGCGCGCGCGCGCGCGCGGUGGAGGCGCGCGCGGCGCGGGCGCGAGACGCGCGGGACGGCGCCGCGCGCGCGAGCCCGGACGCGCGCGCGCCGUGGCGGGGGGAAUUGCGGUACGACGUCGAGGCGUUCGAGGCGUAUUUUAAGCGUCGGCCGAUGAAGGUUUUGAGACGGGCGUUGGUGGUGGCGUACGAGCUCGGCGCGAUCGGUCUGGGCGUCGCCGCGCGGGCGGGCGAGCGAAGAAGGCGGGCGCAGAGGCUCACGGAGACGCUCGCGCGGCUCGGACCGGCGUACAUAAAGCUUGGACAGGUGAUGUCGACGCGCGCCGACGUAUUUCCGGUGGAGUACGUCGAGGAGCUGGCGAAAUUGCAAGACGCGCUCGCGCCGCAAGACGCGGCGACGAGUCUGGAAACGCUCGAGCGCGAGUUGGGGUUGGGGGUUGAUUUUUUUGAAAAGUUCCACGAGACGCCCGUGGCGGCGGCGUCUUUGGCGCAGGUGUAUCGAGCGACGCUUCCAGGUGGGCAAGACGUAGCGAUUAAACUGCAGCGUCCGGGGUUGGCAGAGCUCGUGGCACUUGACGCUGUGAUCCUGCGCCGUUUCGCGGGAUUUGUAGGCUAUUGGAGGAAUUUUAAGAGCGACGUCGUGGGCAUUGUCGACGAGCUCGUGGGUAGAAUAUUCGAAGAAAUGGAUUAUAACAAAGAGGCCGAGAGUUGUGAGCGGUUCAGGGCGAUGUACGCCCCGGACGGCGACGCCGGCGUGGGGCUGGCGGGACUGGUGUACGCCCCCAGGGUGGUUGAUUUUUUGAGCACGCAAACGGUGCUCACGAUGGAGUGGGUCGAGGGUUUGCGCCUCACGGACGUGGCGAUGAUGGAAUCUAGAGGGAUUGUACCGAAUGAAGUGCUCGAUCGCGGCCUCAGGGCGUCCCUUCAUCAGUUGCUGACGUCGGGAUUCAUGCACACCGACCCACACCCUGGAAACUUGAUCGUGGCCGAAAACGGCGGGCUGACGUAUCUAGAUUUCGGGAUGACCGUGGAGGUCCCGAUCGAGACCAGGCGAGCGAUGGUUCGAGGCUUGAUAGGAUUCGUCAAUCGCGACCCUAGUGGGUUGGUGGACGACUUGCGCGUGAUGAACUUUCUUCCGCCGCACGUUGAUAGAGCCGCGGCGGAGGAGGCGCUGCGAUCUGUCUUCGCUGGUGAGAGCACGACCAAGGUUAGAAAUAGUAACGACUUCAUGGGCGUCGUCUCUCAACUUUCGACGGCGCUCAUGAAGCACGGCUUUAGGUUACCGCCGUACUUCUCGCGAAUUCUUCGCGCGUUGGCGGCUUUGGAGGGCACGGCGACUACGAUUGAUCCAUCGUUUCGCGUCGUUGAUAGGAGUUACCCCUUCGUGUUAUCGCGCGUUCUAAGCGAUCGAAGUCCGGAGAUGCGGGAGAGUCUGCGACGUCUUCUGCUCGCCGAGGAUGGUUCGAUUCGUUACAAGCGAUUGAUUCGCCUCAUUCGAGCGUACGGCGUGGAAGCUACUCCGAUGGCGUCGUCGGAGACUGAGACUCGAUCGGAUUGUCGCCAGGCGCUCGAUAAGACGAUCGCAGGCCUGUCGGAGCUUGCGUCUGGCGAGAAGGAAUCACUGAGUGGCGAAGAUGAGGCACGAAGGGCAACGAAGACGGCGAUGGAGGACGCGCUCAGGUUUCUGCUGAGCGAUCGAGGUGAGAGCACGCGCGAGAGACUCAUCGACGAUUUCAUCGCAGCCUUUGAGGCGCUCCUGGACGAGGACUCGGGCUCAAAGACGGACAUUCCGGAGGGUCGUUUCACCGUCGACGAUGCCAUCGGCGCCGCCAAGUCCGCCGCCACCGCCGUCGGCGAUAAUCCCGACCUCUGGAUCCCCGUCCUCGGUCGAGCCGCUUCGGAGCGAGAGACGCUCGCCGCGCUUCGCGCGUCGUCGCGUGUCGCCUACGACAGACUCAUCAAACUUCGAGCAUCCCGCCGUUCCCUCGGUCGCGCACCGUGCGAAGACGCCAAGGAGCUCGUCAGAAAGGUCGUGCACGCCCUAUCGGCGCCCAAAUCGCCCGAGACGCAACCGACGCGAGACUCGAGCGUGUAG